AUGGAAUGCGGAAAUCAGUCGGAAACCUUGCCGCAUGUGCUCUGUCAUUGUGGCCCCCAUGCGGCCACUCGCCAGUUGCGGCACAAUCGCAUUGUCGAGCGGCUUGCUGCGGCUUCCAGGCUUCCGGGCGAUCUCCAGGUCAACCGGCGAGUCCCAGGUGCGGGCGAGGAUCUCACGGCCUUGCGACCCGACAUAAUCGUGACGCACGAACCGUCGAGAACCGUCGUCGUGCUCGAUGCGACCGUGCCCUUCGAAAACACUUUCGAAGCGCUCGAGAAGGCGAGGUUCGAAAAGAUCAUCAAAUAUCAACCACUCGCCAAAUCGUUGCGUGGGCGCGGUUACACCGUGCACGUCGAUGGCUUCGUCGUGGGCGCCCUGGGAGGUUGGCACCCUUGGGACGAUCACCUGCUGGCUCUGCUGCGUGUCUCAUCGGGAUACGCCGGCCUGAUGAGACGGCUGAUCGUCUCGGAGACGAUCGCAUGGUCCCGUGACGUAUACGUCGAACACGUCACGGGAACCCGGCAAUAUCAUCUUGAAGAAGCGGGCACGCCCCCACGGCGCUCGAGACACCGGUCCUGGGUCCGUGUGGAAAUAGAGACUACAGUGGAGCCGCCGACUCUGCUAAAUCCGGAACCUAGCCGCUAA